GCUUGCAGUUUAUAGCCAAUAUGGUUGGUGGUGAUUUACAGUGGUGAUCCUGUUCGUUGACGGAAUGUGAAUAUGUGAAUUGAGGUUAUUUUAGUGAUGAGCGUGACAGAGUUCAACGGUAAAUAGAAUAUUUUUUGUUCAAAUAACACCUGAUCCUGGAAAUGCCGGAAGAGGUCACCCCCUUUGACUGCUUGAUGAGGAGAAGUUCCGACAGCUUCAUCAAUGGGACAACGAACCCUGCGCCUCCACCAGCGAAGACUUCACGCGAACACUCCACACACUCCCUGCGCCCUUCUGCAUUCUCCGCCGAUCUCGAACGCAUCUCUGCCUUUCAGAAACACUUCGUACCUCUGGCUCUUUGCCCUCGUCUUCGUGUCAUGUUCCGGGACGUUCUUGGCCUCAGCGGAGGGCAACCCCGUGACGUCACCCGUUGAACAGCGAGUGUUCAAGCGGAGCCCCUCGGAGGGGGAAAUUGCAGUGGCCGACUACCCCGACUACCAGGCCGGAGUGAGAUACGACGAGUACCCGGUGGUAGUUCCCAAAAGGACGGCCCUUCUGCUGGACAAGAUCAUGGUGGCCCUUCAGAAGGCUGUGGAGGAUGGUAAGGGCGAUCGCAACUUCGCUUCUAACGUUGCAGAGAACAAGAUGGACCUGCAGCGCCGCGGUCAGCAGAAGGGGAGAGUGUACUGGCGAUGUUAUUUUAACGCCGUCACUUGUUUCAAAAGGAAGUGACGAAACACAACGUCCGCCAUUUUAUAAUUUGUCUGUGACAACAACAAUUUUGUUUGUUUUGUAUUUUUCGUUAUAAGUAUGACAAUACUUGUAAAAAUUCAAAUUAUCAUUCCCAGUUGUGAAGGGAUUUGAUUUAAGUUAACAUUUAUCAAUUAAAAACGUGACAUUUAAUAAAUCCUCAUGGAAAAAAAAAA